AUGCACCUCCUGGCAUCGGUUGCGCUGUGCGCCCUCGUCCUCGCCGUCACGCUGCGCUUCCUCGCGCCGGCCCUCCUCCACCUCUUCCUCUUCCCGCCCCACCUGCGCAUCUCGCACCUCACCCUCUCGUCCAUCCGCGGCGUGCGCCUCACGACCGGCCACGGCAUCCGCAUCGACGUCGACUGUGUCACCUUUGCGCGCGCGAGGGGCGACGAGCGUGACCGCGGCGCGUGGGCCGUCCUCCGCGUCGAGGGCGUCAACGUCGUCGUGCCCCUCGAGGCCCUCUCUCGCUCGCGUGCGCCCAAGUCCAAGCGCUCGUCGCACCACCCUCCCCCCCCUUCCCCAGCGGCACACAUCAAGGCCGCUCCCCCUCAUCCUCCUUCUCCCCCUCGCCGCCGCCGCCCUCACCCUCUCCUCGCUCUCGCGACCCGCCUCGUCCCGCACCUCGCGCACCGCUUCGCCCUGCGUGUCUCGCCUGUGCGCAUCUCGCUCGGCGGCGACGGCAACGGCCCGACCCUCGAGGCGAGCCUCGUCGCCGGCGUCAGCUCGUCGCACCGCCCGGCCCGUGCCGCCGCGCCCUCGCCGUCGCGCUCCCGCACCCACGCCCACGCACACGCGCACGCGCUCGGCAUCGGAGCGCACGAGCUCAGCGCGUGGGUGCGCAUCGCCGGCGUCUCGCUCGUCGACGGGCCGGCCUCGCCGGGCAGCGCCAGCGCCGCAGUCGAGCACGAGCGGCGCAAGCCCGCGCUCGAGCUCCCCGGCGCCAUCGAGCUGCGCGCCGCGCUCGAGCUCGCGCGAGGGCGGUGGGAGCCGCGUGAGGGCGGCCUCGAGGUGACGCUCGCGCCCGUCGGCGGGCGCUGCAGCGAUGCCGCCGCCGACGAGCUCGAGGCCGGGGCGUGCGGCGCGAGCGAGGUCGGCGGCGAGCUCAACGGCCGGGACAAGAAGGCGCGCGAGGGAGGGCGCAGGCGGCACGCGCCCGAGCGUCGGGCGCAGGACGAUGCCGAGGCGCACGAGGGCGCGCUCCUCCUGCGAGUUCAAGAGCUCGAGAGCGUCCUCGACCGCGUCAAGACCGCGCUCGACGACGUCAAGGCGCAGCAGGGUCCGCCGCUCGAGCGCGCAGACUCGCCCGACGGCGCCGACCUCGAGGCGGCGAGCGCACAGCGCGCCAAGGCGGCACGCGCGCGCAAGAUGCCGCGCCUCCUCGGCAGCGUCGACCUCGCGCUACCGCCCGUCGUCCUCGCCGCGCACUAUGCCGCGCCGUCCUCGUCGCCGGCCGACGCCGCCAACGCCGCCGAGAGCAAGGCGCGCCCGUCGACCAUGUCGCUCGCGCUCGCGCUCCGCGGCGCGCGGGUGCAGAUGCGGCGAGGGGCGGCGUGCAAGGAGCACGAGGGGUGGAUCGCGCAGGGAGAAGAGGCGUGGAGCGUCGGGGCCGAGUGGGCCGAGGUCGAGGGGCGGAUGAGGAUGGGGCAGCUCGUGGACGAGGAUCGAGAUGAGCUCCUGACGGGCCCGAGUGCCACCAAGGCCCUCUCGCUCGGCGCCUCGAGGAUCGACCUCUCGUCGACCUGGAUCCCUUCCUCCUCCUCGGCACCUCCUCCUCCCAAUUCCUCGACGUCUACCGCCGACUCUUCGGCUGCAUCCGCGCCCUCGACCGCACCACCGCGCAACCACAACGACCCGCUCGUCGUCGUCGAGGGCCUGCUCGGUCCCCUGCGGGCACACGCCGCGUUCGAGACGCUCGCCGCCGCCGUGCGCAUCCUUCACUCGCGCCCGGCGCGUGCGUCGGCCCCUCGCACAGCCGCAUCGAGCCGGCCCGCCUCGGCGUCGCCGUCGUCCUCCCCAUCGGCGGGCGACCGGCCGACUUCGCGCCGCGUGUUCGGCCUUCCUCGAGUCGUCGGCGCGCUCACCCUGUCGGGCAUCGAGCUGCGGCUCCAGGGUCCCGUCCUAGCGCCGUCCGAGCCCGACCCGGCGCGCCUCGCCGCGCCCGACCCGGACGACCCAUUCUUCCGCAGCUGGGCGUCGCCCGAGCUCUUGUGCGUCAGCGCGCCGCGCGUCCGAUGCGCGUUCGGGGCGCAGUGGGACGAGCGCAGCGUGAGGAGGAGCGAGGUCGAGCGACGCGCGGCGGACCGCGCGAGGCGGCACCACCGCGGCGUCGAGCGCGAGCGGGCCAAGCGCAGCUCGCAGCGCGAGGAGGACCGGGACCGAGAGCGCAGCAGGAGCAGGAGCAGGAGCAAGAGUCGCGUCGUGCCGGACGAGCGGCCCGGCAUGCGCCGCACGGCGACGAGUGCGCUCGAGGACGAGCUUGGCGUGCCGCCGCCGCCGGCGCUCUCCGAGGACUACUCGCGCAGGCGCAUCAAGCCGCUCAAGGUCGCGCCCAACCUCAACAAGGACCUCGACCAGUUCUCGUUCGAGUACGCGACGCGCCUCUCGGUGACGGCCGACACGCUCAACGUCUUUAUCCUCGCGAGCAACCACGAGGAGCACGAGCAUGAAUCGGCGAGCGCCUACGACUCGGACGACUCAACGGCGUCGGCGCCAUCGACUGCGGCGGCCGACGACGGCGACGCUCGGCAGCCUCGCAUGCGCCGGCGCAGCACGUACGGCAUGCCGGCGCUCCCGUCCGACCCUGUUCGACUCGACAUCCUCGCGCUCGGCCCUCUCGAGCUCACGUCGGCCGUGCGCGCGCUCGGCGACGAGUCGCUCGACGACGCGGCGGGCACGCACCUGGUCCCGUGGGUCGACGCCGCGACAUGCCGCGGCGAGCAUGGCGUGCUUCUCGAGACGAUCCAGAUCGACCUGUGGCGGCCCGUCGUCAUGGGCUGUGUGCGCGACCUCGCGUCGGCCCUGAUGGCGUCCAAGCGGUCCCUGGCCUCGCCGACGUCGGCGCCGGCCAGCGACGCUCCAGCUCGGCCCUCGUCCGCCAUCCGGCCUCUCGUCGACCUCCUGCCCGCCGACCAGAACCUGUACAUCGCGCUCGCGUCGUUCGACCUCCGCAUCGCCGGCGCCGACCCCAAGGCCGACCCGCACUCGUGCCGGGGCGUCGCCCUCCACACCGGUCCGCUCGUCCUCCAGUACCUCAUGCAGUCGGCGCACGAGCCCGGCUCGGCCGGCGACUACGCCGCGCGCGCGGCUCUGCGCCUCGCCGAGGACGUCCGCAUCGAGGCGAACGCGAGCGCCAACCCGGACACGCCCGGGCUCGGCCCGCCGCCGGUCGCGCUCGCCAAGGUGAGCCUGCACGGCUGGAGCGUCGACCCAGUCGUCGAUGCGCGCGCGAGUCGAGGACGGCGCCGUCGCGGCGUCGGCAAGUACGGCGGCGGCGGCGGCGGCGCAGCAGGUCAGGCGCAGCGAGGCGGCGACGAGCACGCCCAGCACGGGCCCGACUGGGAGCUACGUGGGCGAGCCGUCUAG